AUGACGACUUCAUCGUCCACCAGCAAUUUGCUGGUAUCCAUUGAUCCGGCCUCUCCUUUCUUCUUGUUCCCCUCUAGCAGUCCAGGAAGCGUCCUGGUUUCACAGUUGCUCACUGGCGACAAUUAUCCAACUUGGCAAAGGGCUAUGAAAAAUGCUCUUCGUGCCAAGAACAAGAUCUAUUUCAUAGAUGGAUCUUUGUCACAUCCUGACCCUACCUCGCCGGAAUGGAUUGCUUGGGAGAAAUGCAAUGCCAUGGUUGUGGCUUGGAUCCUCAAUUCAAUGAUAAAAGAAAUCUACGACAAUGUGGCAUUCGUAGAUUCAGCCUCUAAUGUGUGGAAAGAACUGGAAGUCCGACGUGGCCGCUCUAAUGGGAAAAGGAAAGCAGGCUAUCAACAUCAACUUGGAGCCGCCACCGGAGAACGGUGA